UAGGCAUGGGAUGAGAGGAGCAGAUGUCUUCAGCUACAGCUGGGGUAAGCUAAUUGCUGAGUUGGUAAGUGUCCCCUUCCCAGCCAAACCUGCCAGCAGUGGGAUCAGCAGCAAUAUUGUAGUUACACAUGGGUGCUGUCACUGCUCUAGUGCCUGAUCUGCUUGCUGGAAAAAUAGACCCUUCCUUAAUGCUCCCCACACAUUAUCCCCAGCACAGGGGCACCUACACUGUUAUUUAAGCCUGGGUCCAAGCCCAAGAAAAAUGCAUGGGUGCUGUGGGCUUCAUCUGCAGCCUGAGAACUCACGUUUGUUUCCCCUGUCUGCCUGCAGCCUGAACCCUGCAGGGCCCUCUGGAGAGGUUCCCGGGAGGUGACAGCAGGGCUGAUGCUGGGCAGCAGCACCUCCCCGUGGACCCGAUGGCUUCCUCAGGACAGCCCUUCUGACACCUCAGGAAAAACAAAGACUGAGUCAUCUCAUGUUUGAAGCAUUUCAUAACAGCUUUUCUUUCUUCCCCCUGCCUCCAGCAGCAGAGUAGGGAAAGGCACACAGAUGAUAUGGGUUGUUUUUUACCUCUCUCACUUAUUCCUGAGUCACUGUUGAGCUAUUGGGAAGUGAAGGGCCUCAAAACAAAAGGUGUGUUAAAUUAUUUCCCUGUUGACUUUUUGGCAUUCUAAGUUCUGUACUUUGAAGAGCAGGAGGACUGCUCCACAGGCUUUUGCAUCUUAGUGGCAGAAGAAAGAUGGCUUUAGGGACUGGGUGAUGAGAGAAGUGCGGGGGAUUGUGUUUCUCUUCCUAAUGCAAGAAUCAUGCCUGCUCUGUCUCUGGUUACACUGCUGGGCACUUCCAGUGCUCCAAUGAGCCUCCCUGGGCACCCAGAGGGGGCCCAGCCUCUGCUGCAGCCUUCCAGGAGAGCUGUGGUGUACCUGCUUGUCCAUCACAGCUGCUGGCAUGUGUUAAUAGCCGGGUUCUUGCACUGUAUCAGAUCCCAUUUAGAAACUUAAUUUUCCUGAGAGAAACUGGUAAUUCUGGAAUUGAAAUUCCAGAUACACAAAACGAAAAAAAGAGUAAAUCACCACGUGUUAGGGAAGAGAUGAAUUGCUGCCCAGUAAAGGGUGAGCCUCUCUCUGUGCCAUGGAGAUGAGCACUGGGACAUGGAGAUGACCACUUUUUUGGGCAAGACAAAGGGAUCUGUCCUCAGCGGUGCGGAGAAAACCAAGCGGCAGGCGAGGAGCGGGCGGGUUUCUUCUGGGGCCGCGCUCCCGUGCUGACAGUGAUUUGUGCGGGGGGGAGAGGCCAGCUCUGCUCUGAAACGCGAGCCCCGAAUAAAUAAAUCAUGGCCUUCCCUUGGCAGCUCGACAGCACGGGCUCUGGCCCGUCCUGGGUGUGCGGGGAGGGCCUCCCACUGUCCAGGAGCUUUUAAGGGCUGGGUCUGCCCGCGGCCGGCUGAGGAGCCGCUCUGCAGGGCAGGGGACCAUGGAGGGGAACACGCACCUCCUGCAGGUCAUCCGCAAGAUGCGCUCCCAAAUCAACAGGCUGGAGAGGGAGAACAGGGCCCUGAAAGGAGAGCUGCGGGGCUGCGGGCAGAGAGCUGUGCCGGCAGCGGGAGGUGGGAACGGCGGUGCCAUCGCCUUUGAUGGGGACGGAGCGGCUGCAGCCGCAGCAUCCCCGCAGGGCCCGGCGCCGCUGGAGCAGACAGAUACUGCCAUGACUGUGAGACGCUACCCCACUGUCUCCCCAGCUCCUGCUCCUUCCAGCACAAGGUCCCACGGGGCUGGCAGGAAGCCUCCAAGCAAUGGGCUCCCAGAGGUGCCAGGCAGUGCCCAGCCACCAGCCCCUCCUGCUCCAGCACAGCUCAGCAGGGAAGAGGAGAAAGGGCUUGAAAAAUCACCAGCCUGUUGUCUCUCCUACAGCCACUCCAGCAACAUGAAGAUGUUUCAGGAGCAUGUCUAUAAGUGCCAGGGUAAAGUGAAGGCUGUGAGUUUCCUCUUACCAAUGGAUAUGUCAUCAUUUGCUGAAAAGCAAGGUUCUCUCAAAAGCCCACAAAAUCAGAGCACAAAACAUCUAAUGACCAUCACUGAAAAGGAUAUGUGAGCUGGUGAAUUUUUAAAGGCCCAUUGAUUCCUGAGAUAAAUUGGCCUUUAGUGAUAGCUGUGUGUCAGGUUCCUCUCCUGCAAAACGUUUUGGCAGGAUGCCCACAGAGCAUCACCCAGCCGUGUUUCAGGUCACUGGCCUGAUGUUCAGCAUGGAAAUGGAAGCCACAACAAAGCCCAGACACUGUGAUGUGACCACACAAAGCAAAGGUGCCUCCACAAAGUGCUUCUGUGCAAUGUGUCUCAGACCCUUACCUCAGGACUGAUGUGAACAGGGUGUUGAAGCUGGGUUUGGUGUGUUUGUCACAAAAAGCAGAAACCGUGUCAGCACCUGAGUUUGCUGAUUCCCUUGACAGAAAGGUGUCUGAUGCAAAUGACAAAAGAACUAUCAAAGAGCCUGUGAUGUUUUCUGUGUUGGUAAAACUUCCAAGCUUCAUUAAUACAGCAAAAUUAAAGAGAUGCUACAGGGUCGGUUAAUGUUGCUCUGAAUUUCUGCAAAGCCUGGCAAUGAGUUUGUCCAGAUGUCCAUUUGGGGUUCACUUCUAACAGAGCACAGGGGAGACUAAGUACUUAUUGGUAUGAAAACAUGACUACAAGUCUGCUUCUCACUUGUGCUCAUCCAGCCAGAGACUAAAGGCUGGACACCAAGCCAAAAUAGGAAGAAUUGUGAAUAUCAGAAUAUUUUAGGAAUGGCUUCUCAGCACAGCUCGGACCAAAAAUUAUUAGCAGAAAUUCAGCAAGCAAGUGCAACAUAACUGUGAGAUAGAACUACAGACAGCUUGUAAAAAAUGAGCAGUGCUUGUUAAUCUACUCAUGUAAGCAAAGACAACAUUCUAUGUUUAUUUUGAUUACAACUAUUUAUGGAAUCAAAAUCCUGCACACUGCUAUUUCUUUCUGUACAGGAAGCACUGAUGAUUGAAUAUUGUAUAGAGAAUACAUGAAGAGUAGAUGUUUGUACAGAUAACUUUAAGGAAGAUUUUCAUCUCAUUGUCUACUCUUAAAGUCUUGAGUUUUCUAAGGUGGAGGCAGAGACUUAGUAGGAAAAAAUCCCCUCUGGAUUUUCCAUGAUGUUGUAAACUUCUAUGAAAUUGUGUGUUUCUUUUUUCAUUUUGAAUUUCACCAUUGAUUUUACAUUCAAGUAUAGUUUUAAUAUAUUCUCACCAUUGAAAAUAAUUUAAAUUUCACUGUUGUUUUAUUUGUGUAUUUUUAUGUUCAGCUUGGAUCCAUACAGAGUUGCAUUGUAACGUCAGAAGUACUGAAUUAAUACAAAUGAGGUUCCAGUUUGGAAAGUUUACUAAACAGCCCAUUUUAGAAGGCUUUACAAGGAAAUGCUUUAUAAAUGUUUCAAGGAAAGCAUCAUUUGUGGGAAUUAAACACUGCAUAUAUGUUCAAUUAA